CAGCCAUGGCCGAGCAGUGCCGGAGCGCCUCGCCCGGCUCCCGGAGCGCUCGCCCUUCUCGAUCGCCGUGAACACUCGCGUUCUGCCCGGACCUGCGGCCAGGGGCACGGGGCGGGUGAGCGAGGAUGCGCUGAGUACCACGAGGGCGCGUGUCCCGGGUGCCGCCACCGUGGGACCUGGCACGGGAUCCAAGCUGCUGCGGGCUGCCUCGACUUCCCGUCGGUGCCCCUGCCGCUGUGCCCCGCACUUGAUGUGCAGGGACCAGCCGGGCACCAUGAUCCUCACACAAAUUGAGGCCAAGGAAGCUUGCGACUGGCUUCGAGCAACUGGUUUUCCCCAGUAUGCACAGCUUUAUGAAGAUCUCCUGUUUCCCAUUGAUAUUACCUUGGUCAAAAGAGAGCAUGAUUUUCUGGACAGAGAUGCCAUUGAGGCUCUAUGCAGGCGUCUAAAUACAUUAAACAAGUGUGCAGUGAUGAAGCUAGAAAUUAGCCCUCAUCGGAAGAGAAGUGAGGAUUCAGAUGAGGAUGAACCCUGUGCAAUAAGUGGCAAGUGGAUGUUCCAGAGGGAUAGCAAGAGGUGGUCCAGGCUUGAAGAAUUCGAUGUCUUUUCUCCAAAGCAAGACCCAAUCCCUGGGUCCCCAGAUGACUCCCACCUGAAGAACGCUGCAAGCCACGAGAGCAUGCUGACAGACCUUAGCGAGCACCAGGAGGUGUCUUCUCUCCGCAGCCUCAGCAGCACCAGCAGUGUCCCCACCCACGUGCCCCACGGCGGGGACGCUGUGACACCCCGGACUAACUCCGUCAUCAGCGUCUGUUCCUCUGGCCACUUUAUGGGUAAUGAUGACUCUUUCUGCAGCCUCCCCUCUCCCAAGGAACUCUCCAGCUUCAGCUUUAGCAUGAAAGGCCAUGAGAAAAACACUAAGUCCAAGACCAGAAGCCUGCUGAAACGGAUGGAGAGCUUGAAGCUCAGGGGCUCCUCCCACCACAGCAAGCAUAAGGCGCCCUCCAAGCUGGGGCUGAUCAUCAGCGGGCCCAUUCUGCAAGAGGGUAUGGAUGAGGAGAAGCUGAAGCAGCUGAACUGCGUGGAGAUCUCAGCCCUCAAUGGCAACCACAUCAACGUCCCCAUGGUACGAAAGAGGAGCGUGUCCAACUCCACACACACCAGUAGUAGCAGCAGCCAGUCGGAGACAAGCAGUGCUGUCAGCACGCCCAGCCCUGUCACCAGAACCAGGAGCCUCAGCACCUGUAACAAGCGGGUGGGCAUGUACCUCGAAGGCUUUGAUCCUUUCAAUCAGUCCACAUUCAACAACGUGGUGGAGCAGAACUUUAAGAACCGAGAGAGCUACCCAGAAGACACAGUGUUCUACAUUCCUGAAGAUCACAAACCUGGCACCUUCCCCAAAGCCCUCUCCAAUGGCAGUUUCUGUUCCUCAGCAAAUGACAGCUCUGUGAACUGGAGGACAGGAAGCUUCCAUGGCCCUGGCCAUAUCAGCCUAAGAAGGGAAAACAGCAACGACAGCCCUAAGGAACUGAAGAGACGCAAUUCCUCCAGCUCCGUGAGCAGCCGCCUGAGCAUCUACGACAACGUGCCAGGCUCCAUCCUGUAUUCCAGCUCAGGGGAUCUGGCUGACCUGGAGAAUGAGGACAUCUUCCCCGAGCUAGAUGACAUCCUGUAUCAUGUAAAGGGGAUGCAACGGAUAGUCAACCAGUGGUCAGAAAAGUUUUCUGAUGAGGGAGACUCAGACUCAGCCCUGGAUUCUGUCUCUCCUUGUCCAUCAUCUCCAAAGCAGAUCCACCUGGAUGUGGACAACGACCGAACAACACCUAGUGACCUGGACAGCACAGGCAACUCCCUGAAUGAACCUGAAGAGCCAGCUGACAUCCCGGAAAGAAGAGACUCUGGGGUCGGGGCUUCCCUGACCAGGUGUAACAGGCACAGACUGAGAUGGCACAGUUUCCAGAGCUCUCAUCGGCCAAGUCUAAACUCUGUAUCUCUGCAGAUUAACUGCCAAUCUGUAGCCCAAAUGAACCUAUUGCAGAAAUACUCACUUCUGAAGCUAACGGCCCUGCUGGAGAAGUACACGCCUUCCAACAAGCAUGGUUUCAGCUGGGCCGUGCCCAAGUUUAUGAAGAGGAUCAAAGUUCCGGACUACAAGGAUCGGAGCGUGUUCGGGGUCCCUCUGACAGUGAGCGUGCAGCGCACGGGACAGCCCUUGCCACAGAGCAUUCAGCAGGCCAUGCGGUACCUGCGCAAUCAUUGUCUGGACCAGGUUGGACUCUUCAGGAAGUCGGGUGUCAAAUCUCGGAUUCAGGCUCUGCGCCAGAUGAACGAAAGUGCCGUGGACUGUGUCAAUUAUGAAGGACAGUCAGCUUACGAUGUGGCCGACAUGCUGAAGCAGUAUUUUCGAGAUCUUCCCGAGCCUCUCAUGACCAACAAGCUCUCUGAAACCUUUUUACAGAUCUACCAAUAUGUGCCCAAGGAUCAGCGCCUCCAAGCCAUCAAGGCCGCCAUUAUGCUCCUGCCUGACGAGAACAGGGAAGUUCUCCAGACUCUUCUUUACUUCUUGAGCGAUGUCACAGCAGCGGUAAAAGAAAACCAGAUGACACCCACCAACCUGGCUGUGUGCUUAGCGCCUUCCCUUUUCCAUCUCAACACCCUGAAGAGGGAGAAUUCUUCUCCAAGGGUAAUGCAAAGAAAACAGAGUUUGGGCAAACCAGAUCAGAAAGAUUUGAAUGAAAACUUAGCUGCCACUCAAGGGCUGGCCCAUAUGAUUGCUGAGUGCAAGAAGCUCUUCCAGGUUCCUGAGGAAAUGAGCCGAUGUCGCAAUUCCUACACUGAACAAGAGCUGAAGCCCCUUACACUGGAGGCGUUAGGACACCUGAGUAAUGAGUCAGCUGACUACAAGCACUUCAUUCAGGACUGUGUAGAUGGUCUGUUUAAGGAGGUCAAAGAGAAGUUUAAAGGCUGGGUCAGCUACUCUACUUCGGAGCAGGCUGAGCUGUCCUAUAAGAAGGUGAGUGAGGGACCCCCUUUGAGGCUUUGGAGAUCAACCAUUGAAGUCCCUGCUACACCAGAUGAAAUCUUAAAGCGACUACUGAAAGAGCAGCACCUCUGGGAUGUUGACUUGUUGGACUCAAAAGUGAUUGAAAUCCUAGACAGCCAGACUGAAAUUUAUCAGUAUGUCCAAAACAGCAUGGCACCCCACCCUGCUCGGGACUAUGUUGUAUUGAGAACCUGGAGGACUAAUUUACCCAAGGGAGCCUGUGCCCUCCUGCUCACCUCUGUGGAUCACGACCGGGCACCUGUGGUAGGUGUGAGGGUCAAUGUGCUUCUAUCCCGAUAUUUGAUUGAACCCUGCGGGCCAGGAAAAUCCAAACUCACCUACAUGUGCAGAGCUGAUUUAAGGGGCCACAUGCCAGAGUGGUACACAAAAUCUUUUGGACAUUUGUGUGCAGCUGAAGUGGUAAAGAUUCGAGACUCCUUCAGUAAUCCAAACACUGACACCAAGGACACCAAAUCCAGGUGAUUACCAAAGCAAAACAACUGUGCCCACCACCUGGGUGAUUGUGUCUAGAACCUUGCCAGUCCUUGGAAGAGGUCAUCUGUUGUGUGAUCCUGAAACAAAUGCAACUUGGGGGUGUUGAGACGUGAACUCUAGUGAUUUGAUACAUUUUUUUAAAGCUGCUUCCUGUUUGUUUAAGGUCUGUAUUAUAGACCUUGACUGGAAUAUAUGACUGUGCAAAAAAAAAAUGUACUUGUGUUCUUAUUCACAUUGCUUCCGAGAAGCAAACUCUUUAAAUAGAUUAUGGAAGAUAAUGAAGAGACUUAGUUCUCUAGUGAUGCCGCUGUAUGUGUACUAUGUCAUGGAUGGGCGGUUUGUGGAGGAAUUGAUGAUUCCACUUUAAGAGUUGGUACUCCCACAGGUGUUUUCACUGAGAGGAGCAAGGACAGGUUUGCACAGAGGAGAGUGAAUGUGUGUCUGUUGCUAGUUGAGUGGCAUAGAUGGAAACGCUGGAAUGCAGUGUCUGGCACACUGAGAUGGCUUCAAGAAAGACGUUGAUGCACCAGGUUUGGUCCAACCUGGAUUAGCUGACUACCCCUGGGAUCGUAACUAGAAAGGUGACCCAAUUCCCUUGUCCAUUUUUCUAUUCAGGUUUUUUUAGCAUGUUUCUUCUCCACCAGCUUCUUGUUUCCCUUAUUAUAGAUUUUUUUCCCCUGACAUUCAUUUUAAUGCAACUGGGAUUUAGACCUAAUUGCAAAAAGUAAUAUAGUUUGAACUAGUAAGAUUAGCUCAGGAAUAAAUAUCCCAGUUCCCUUAUGGGCUCUAAAGAAGUUUUGUUUUGUUUCUUUUUGGUGGUUUUGUUUUGUUUUGUUUAUUUGUUGGACUUUCGUUUUGUCUCAGU